GGCACACUCUGAAGCAAUGGAUAGGAAAAGAGCAUGGAGAGGAAGAGAGAGAUAGAGUUGGAGAGGAAAAAGGGGAAAAAAGGAAGCUUCAAUCGGGUUUGCCAGCGGUCGUACGCUCUCUUCCAACAUUUGGUUCUCUCGUUUUUUUUUUGCGCUCAUCAUUCACUCCUCUCUACCCCCUCUCUGUCUCUCUCUCUUUCUCUCUGUCUAUCUCCCAUUCUCUAUCUCUCACUCUCUGUGAGUCGAAUGCAGAGCACGCAUAUCUGAACAAACACCACUUACUGCUUUGCCAAACGUUUUUUCUCUUUGUUGCGGUAUUUGUGUAUUUAAUUGUGUAUGUUUUUUCUGUAACAGUGAGUACAAUACUUUUCGAUUACGAGUCCGCUUUCUUGUGUUCAUAUGUAAUAUAAAAUUUUUGGUGGCUGGCAAAAUCCCCUUUUUUUCUCAUUUCCCCAUCUGUUUUGUGCAUUAAAUAUUCCUCGUACAUUUUUUGUACCUCCAGAACUGUCCCUGUUUGGCUCCUCCAAGAUUUUCGGAUUUUUUCUUCAUCAUCGACUGGACAUUUAAAAAACAAAUCUAAACUUUUGCUUUUAGUUUUUUCUUCAGUUUUUCAUUAUUAUAAUUUUUUUUACAACAACAAAAAAAAACUCUGAUAUUGUGCACUAAUAAUUGUGGCAUGUAGUGUCGAGUCAAGUGUGGAGAAGACAUUUAACUUUUUUCCACUCCAUUUCGGCCAGCAGGGUUUAUAAUGAAAGUGCAGAAUGGAUGAAUUCCAUCCCUUCAUCGAGGCUCUCCUCCCGCACGUGCGGGCGUUCUCCUACACCUGGUUCAAUCUCCAGGCCCGCAAGCGCAAGUACUUCAAAAAGCACGAGAAGCGCAUGUCCAAGGAUGAGGAGCGCGCCGUCAAAGACGAACUCCUGGGCGAGAAGCCCGAGAUCAAGCAGAAGUGGGCGUCGCGGCUGCUGGCCAAAUUACGCAAGGACAUCCGGCCGGAGUUCCGCGAAGACUUCGUGCUCACCAUCACGGGGAAGAAGCCGCCGUGCUGCGUGCUGUCCAACCCUGACCAGAAAGGCAAGAUCCGCCGCAUUGACUGCCUGCGGCAGGCCGACAAGGUCUGGCGCCUGGACCUGGUGAUGGUGAUCCUGUUCAAGGGGAGCCCUCUGGAGAGCACGGACGGAGAGAGACUGGUCAAGUCCCCGCAGUGCUCCAACCACACCCUGUGUGUGCAGCCGCACCACAUUGGAGUGUCCGUCAAAGAGCUGGACCUGUACCUGGCCUACUUCAUCCACAUGCCAGAAUCUGGGCAAUCAGACAAUUCCAAUCAACAAGGAGAAGUGGACAUCAAACCCCCACCAAACGGACAUCUGAGUUUUCAGGACUGCUUUGUGACUUCAGGGGUUUGGAACGUAGCCGAGCUGGUACGAGUGUCUCAGACCCCUGUUGCAACAGCAUCAGGUCCUAAUUUCUCUCUUGCGGAUCUGGAAAGUCCCGGUUACUACAAUAUCAACCAAGUAGCAAUUGGCCGACGUUCACUUGCCUCUCCUCCAUCCACAAGGUCUGAGGUGGAGCUGUACGCCAGUCUUCCUCGGAGCUCUAAUAAGCGUAAGUCUAUAGAUGACAGUGAGAUGGAGAGUCCUGUCGAUGAUGUCUUCUACAGUCGUUCUCCGGCUGGCACCAGCUCCCAGUCCAGCGGCUGGCCGAAUGAUGUCGAUGCAGUUGCAGUGCAGCACCAUUUGACGAGUAUUCAAGAGAGGAAGAUAAAACAUGAGAAUGAUGGUGUGCAGUUUCCUUACCAUGGGCUGUCCUCUCCUGGGUCUCUAAAGAAGCCAGCGGGGAAAUUCGAUUUCAGCGCCCUGUCAGCACAGACGAGGUCCCCCCGAAUGGCCUUCACACACCACCCACUGCCCAUGCUGGCAGGCGUGAGACCAGGGAGUCCGCGUGCCUCAGCCUCUGCCCUUCAUUUCCCUGCUCCUUCCAUCAUCCAGCAGUCCAGUCCAUACUUCACCCACCCCACCAUCCGCUAUCACCACCAUCAGGACCCGCUCAAAGAGUUCGUCCAGUUCGUCUGUGCUGACGGCUCCGGGCAGCCAGGGGCACAGCCUAACGGGAGCGGUCAGAACAAAUUGCCCAGCUCCUUCUUACUGCCUCCUCCUCCUCCGGUAGCGCGGCCGGUGCCGAUGCCCCUCCCCCUGCCCGAGCACAAACCCAGCCACACACACCCCGAGAGCGGAGGCUGCUCUCCGGCCUCACCCUCAGCAUACCCAGCGCCAGGCUCCACAGCUUCCAACAGGUUUGUCAGCAUCGGAUCACGGGACAACUUUCUGAACAUCCCACAGCAGACUCAGUCAUGGUUCCUUUGACGAGAAUUUUCAUGAACGACACAGACACAAAUCCACAAUGAAAACUGGAAAUGGAGUCACAAAGCUAAGUAUGGAACUUUCCCACAGCCCCCCUUGAAGUCUCACUCACACACACAAAACACACGCACAAAUACACACUCGAUUGCCCAAACUGCUGACACCCUCUUUGGAUCGAGGGAUCUGGAAGACUUCAUCAUUACCCUGCCAGUCUGGAUAGCUCGGAGAACAAAACAAAUGACACACUGACGCCGUCGUCAUCUUCCUGAGACAUCCAGCACAUCAACCAAUCCCAUUUACCUUUCUUCCAUUUGUUCAUCCACCAGUCAUAUGCCAUGUUGAGGAAAACCCAUCUCUUCCCAGUCAGAACUCUAUUUAGAAAAUUAAAUCAUUAAAAAUGGACCUUCGAUGUCGGACACGUGUGAUUGGAUGGAGAGACUUGGCUGAAGCCUUCUGAUUGGCUCAGGCUUAGACUUCCUUAUUUGGAUUUGAUGAUUUUGGUGAUGCCCUCUGUUCCGCAGUGUGAACUCGGCAUCCUCUCACUGUUUACCAGUUGACAAGCAAUAGACUGUGAGCAAAACAACAGAUAACACUAACCCAGUGCAUUUCACCUAAACAUAUGCACAUAUGGCCUUAGAUUUGCGAUGUGAAGUCAGGCUACAUGUUUGUAAGGUAAAGCACACACAGAUGAGUUCCAAUACAGAGCAAUACACACAUCAAUGACAGCGCUACACUGAGACAAUAGACUGAGACACGCAUCACAGCAUCAUAUAGACAGCUGAUGACAGGAAUGGGAAGGGUCAAGCACGAGUGACCUUAAUGUCAAGCUUGUGACUCAUCACUUUUCAUUUUGUAGUGUUUUAAAUGAUUAAAAGGCCAGUGAUUUGAGUCAUAAAACUGGUUUGCAUGAACUAAUGAGGGUGCAUUUGGUGCAUCCAUCUCUGACCUCUUCGCUACCAUCUAUCAAUCAAUGCUUGUGCAUCAAUAUCCUACAGUCGGCCCUGCAAACAAGGGCUUCUUCUGCUUUACUUUGCAUUUGGAUUGAUUUUGCAGUAUUUUUUUUUUAGGUGAAUGUCAAAACUUUCCAGGUCAUAUUUCAACCUAAAACCAAAAUUCUAAAAUUAUAUUUUGAAAGUUAUAAAGAAAUAUGAUUACAAA